UAUCUUAAUUUUACAAAAUAUUACCUGUGUUUUGAUAUUUUCAAUAUUUAAGUAACGACUAACGAGUUCAGAAUUUUAGUUCACUAGAUUUCAUUUUUCAUACAAAGAUUACUAAAUUCCUGUUUCAAAUUAAAAUAACUAUUUUUUGAAUUCCUGUCAAUCCCUUGAUAUUAAGACGAAAUUAUAACUGCAAUAUUUAGAAUAGCAAAUUGGAUUGAAUUUAUCCAACAACAGUUGAAGACAUUUUACUUUUCAUUCAUAACUCUGCUCAACAAUGGCGUACAAUGAUAAUCAUAGAAAAUUGUUGCAGUAUUUCAUGCACGAAAGGAUGGUAUCUGAAAUUGAUGCUAAAAAGGUAGUUAAAAUUCUAUUUCCCGAAAAAAACAUUGAUGACAUCAUUGAACUAAUAAACACUAAAAUUUCUCCACUUGAAUUCAAAAUCAACAAAGUGAUUAGUGAACAAAAUGGGAAUAUAGUCUAUGUAUUUAUUGCUACGUUUCUCGAAGAUUUCAAUGCUAAACCGGAUCCAAGCAAAAUAAUCUUUGGCAGAAUCGUUAAUCAUAUUUUUGAUUUAGGUGGAWCAAUAACGUAUGACCAACUAAUGACAUUUUCUAACAAUAUGUCUGAUACUCAGUUGGAUAACUUUUUUGCAUCAAAAUAUUUGAUUGCUGAUGACAACAAAAAUUUAUUUUUGUCACCACUGGCCAUUAGCGAAUUGGAAGGAUAUUUGAUUGAAAAAUUUCAGGAUAAAAGAUGUAUGGGUUGUAUGAGUAUUGUUGGGUAUGGUAUCAAAUGUCAGUCAUGUGAAAAAUUUGCUCAUGGACAUUGCUUGACUACAUAUUUUAAAAAUGUGGGCAGCAAGAAGUGUCCUAAAUGUUCUAAGGCACUUGAUGUUAGUUGGAACUCGAUAACAACAUUCAAUAAUUUAUGAUACAUGUAUUUUAUAUUUGAUUUAUGAUUAUAACCUAUGAAAUUUAUUAUAGAAUUAAGU